AUUCACCAUAUUGUAGUUUUUCGACAAUUAUUUCAAAUCACCGACCGAGGAAGAAGGGAAUUACGUAGUGUUGGCAAUCGCAUAUCAGGCUUCGUUCCUUACCGACGUCGCGGAUCGUGACUGACCAUCUGUUUAUAUCUGAUUGAUACGCGAUCCGUACGCGAUUUCAAACGAGCCGAGUGAUAAAAAUAAAACCAGUUUUAACGUUUUCUAUUAAUUUUCUAUCGUCCGUGUAUUUUAACGUGUUCAUCAUGAGGAUAGACAAGAAUUUUCUAAACGUGAUAUUAUUAAGUUUCGGUUUUAUGCUCGUGUUUACUGCAUUUCAAACAAUGGGUAAUAUCGAGAAAACGGUACUAGUCAGUAUUAAUGAAGAGACACCGGACUUCACCGGCGAGGCGUACACUAGCUUAGCGAUUAUCUACGCCGUGUUCGCCACUUGCAACUGGUUAGCACCAUCGUACAUCUCAUUGACGGGACCAAGAUUCGCUAUAUUUACCGGCGCUUGCUGCUACGUACUUUUCAUAGCAAUCUUCCUCUGGCCGCAGAAGAUCCUCCUCUACGCUGCCUCGUGCGUAUUAGGUACCGGGGCCGCUUUGAUAUGGACGGGGCACGGGCAGUACCUGACGGAGAACAGCGACACGGAUACGAUGUCCCGCAACAGCGGAAUAUUUUGGGCGAUCUUUCAAAUGUCGAUGUUCGUCGGAAAUCUUUUCGUCUAUUUUAUGUUCGCUGAUUCUAUUAGCGCGCAGAAGAGAAGCCUCGUUUUCGGCGUUCUGACGGGACUAGCGGUUCUCGGUGCGUGCGCGUUGGCCGCGUUAAGGAGAACUUCGCGAGCGUUGGUUCUGGGCGAAGCCGAAGGUGUUUCGAGCGCGGACAAAGAACUGAGAAUCCCAGAUCCUGCGAAAGGCAGACCGUUGUUGGCCGCCUGGAACGCCUUCCUCGACGCGUUCUCACUAUUCUUUACCCCGAGAAUGCUCCUAUUGUCAUCAACGUUCGUGUACACCGGUUUGGUACUGACGUUCUAUUCCGGAGUCUACUCGUCGUGCAUCGGCUUCACCAAGGCGUUGGGCGACUCUCGUAAAAGUUUAAUCGGUCUCUCCGGUAUUCUGAUCGGUGUCGGGGAAGUGACCGGAGGGGCCCUUUUCGGUAUCUUCGCGUCGAAAGUGUCUCGCGUUUGCGGCGCGUGGUCGGUGAUCAUCACCGGGUUCUGCGUCCACCUCUUCGCCUUUAUUACCAUUUUUCUCAAUCUGCCGAACGAUUCACCUGUCAAGGAUACCGACAACUUAGGAUUCAUCACAUCCUCGACGGCAUUAGCGCUGAUCGGAAGUCUCGCUCUUGGCUUCGGUGACGCCUGCUUCAAUACUCAGAUCUACUCGUUGUUAGGAUCGAUUUUCGUCCAGAACAGUGCACCGGCUUUCGCCUUGUUCAAAUUCUGUCAAUCGGUCGCGGCCGCGGUAAGCUUCGCGUACAGCAACGUCCUAGGACUUUAUAUACAAUUGCUUGUUCUAACGAUAUCAAUCGUUGCCGGCACUGCUACGUUCUGUUACGUUGAAUACGCGGUAAGAAGGGAGAAGAUGAACUCUCAGUCGGAUAGCGAUCUGACAGCUAAUUGAUUUUAAUUUUACGACACGGAAAGAUGUUGUUAAAAUAAUUGUACAAUAAUACGCCUGACACCGAUCGAACUAUUUCGCUCUGAUCUAUUUGUGCAUGUAAAAGACUGUAACGUUCGUUACAUCGCAUCUUGUACAUACGUUCACGUAACGAUUAUGUUCAACAAGAACAAAUUAAUAUUCGCAUAUAAGUAUUAAUCACGAUACGAUAAAACUGUGUAAGAAGACUGUGUUAAACGUAAUCAUGUUCACUGAAUGAGAAAUGUUUUUAAUCUCGAGCGUUGUACAAUAAUUAAGCGUUUGUAUUAUACUAUUACUGUUAAAAUUGUAUAUAAUAAUGAUUUUUUAACAAACGUUCAGCACUUCCCAUCCAGUAUAAAAGAUGUACUUGAUAAUGUUAUCGUCCGAUCGUUGAGAUUUGUAUAGAAUGACUGGAAUGUGAACUGGAAGGUGGGCUGACAAAGAAAAAAUCGUGUCAAAAAUGCUUUAUCAGAACAUGAUCGUUUUCAAGAAUUUCGAGACCAACUGCAUUAAUGCACUGUAAAAAUGACAACAUUUUAAUUGAUAAAUGAAUAGAAACGAA